AUUUUCCAUUUUAAUUACAUUCACAUAAAGGAUGGCACAUCAAUAUAUAAUGAUACUGUUAAGAUCAUAUUUAAGGCAUUUCCUUUGUCACUGAUUUUCCCAGUUUAGAAUGUGUGUUCUUGUGUGCCCGAGUCAGAUUAUUAUAGUACUUGUAUCAAGUCUGCGUACUGGUGACUGCUCUAUUAUGACAGGAAAUCUGAAUAAACUAACACAUGUAAAUUACUGUGUGUGUUUUGCUUGUGGCCAGUGUGGUAUCCUCAUGAACCACAAUGGAUUAAAAUGGUUCAGUUUAAAGAGUGCUGGGAAACUAUUGCAAAUUAUUGUGGAAGAGGCCAUUUGCAAAUUAAUCCCUUGCAUUCUCCUCGUGCCCAUCCGACCCGUGAGUGCUCGGUACGGGUACGGGUGGUGGUUCUCCACUGGCUUUUUGUCGAGCCGAGCGAGAACCAACCCGUGAAGCUUUUUCCUCAAAAGACAUCUGAAUCCAGCUGCGAGCCGAGCCAAGUUAAUCGGUUAGUAAGCUCCAGAAAGUAAAACAACAAAAAUUGUGGGCAGCGUGUGCGAUGAGUGAGGAAAGUACAGCUCUUGGGACGCUGAGGAAGUGUAGGCUGUAGUUUCUCAUUGGGCAGAUGGACGUGUUCUGGAAGAUCUGGAGUCCUGCUUCAGAAAUCUGACAUUUCAUGGAAAGGAGUUUUAUUGAAGACUGGUGUUUUUAGAUAUAUUAAAAUGGCUUACAGAAGAGACCAGCGUGAAAUGUGGAAUAAUCCCCAGUAUUUCAAUGAGAGAAACCAACAGCGCUUCCCACAAGCAAGAGAGGGGUCCUAUCAACGGAUAGUAAAUGUCGUCCCACGGAAUCCUAUGUUUGAUAGACCAGAAGAAAAUUACAGAGAAUUCAUGUAUGAGGAGAAUUCCAGAAACAUUCCAGGUGGUAACUAUGGAAAUGAUCAGAGGAAUGGCCCCCCACAGAGAUGGGAAGAACAUGGUCGAUGGCAGAAAGAAGAGUGUCGUGGAGGAAGACAAGCAGAGUUCAGGGAAGACCGGGAGCAUUUUAGAAGGAAAAGCUUUUUUCCACCUCACGUAAGAGACCGUUCACCUAAUAGAAAAGGCUCUGCUUACUACAGAAAUUCCCCUGGAGGUCGGCGGGGUUCUCCGCAUAGUCGCUCUGGAUCCAGUGUUAGCAACAAGAGCUUCUCUCCAGACCAGAGCAAGCCCAGUUCCUGUCAGGCUCUGCAGAACAAGAGCAAAGAGAGGCCAUCAACCCAUUCCUUAAACACUUCAAGAGAUGCUUCUCCACUGAGUUCUACAUCUCUGCCGACUUCAAAGAUAAGCUUGGAUAAAAGCAGCAGACCACCAGAGUGUCAGACUACAGAAGCAUUAAGUGAGAGACCUGAUGACGUAUUAGAGAAAUCUAAUGAACAAGAUUUAUCUGACACUCAGAAGGAAUAUAAUGAAAAAAAUAUUUUUGAAGAUGAACCAGAGGAGCCACAUACAAGUAAAGACAACAGAGUUCUUGAUGAUGAUUUUCUAGAUCGAAGAUCUCAAGCAAUUGCUGAAAAAGCAAAAGAAAUUGAAGAGGUUUAUAGACAAGACUGUGAGACGUUUGGGAUGGUUGUGAAGAUGCUUGUUAAUAAAGAUCCAACUCUGGAGAAACAAGUGCAGUUAUCUUUGAGAGAGAACCUGCGUGAGAUUGGAGAACGGUGCAUUGAAGAGAUUAAGAAUUUUAUUUCAGAAUAUGAUAAUGCUCCUGCCCAACCCGAAUGAAGAGACAAAUAUAUCCUAUGUUUUUACAUAAUUUUACUGUUGCAUUACUAUUAGUACUAAUGUGUUAUUUUGGUAACAUAAAGACUAUUUACUCAAAUAGUGGGGGGUGGGGGGGGGGGUUGGUGGCUCUAAUUGUUUAAGUUUGAAACCAGAAAUUUGUUAUUUAGAAACUGACUGCAACAAGUUUGGCAAUAAUGUUUUAAAGCACGGCAGUGAAUUCCUUGGCAAACUGCUCCUAUAUUUAUUAAACAUAACAGUCUACUAUAAGAGCCUUUAUGAAAUUGAAAACCAGAGGGAAAGAGGAAGAAGUUUAAUUAGUCUGGUUAAACCCCUCGCAUUACAUUCCUUAUCAUUUUUAGUCUUUAUUUUGCUAAAGUUUAGCUUGUUACACAUCUACAGUGUUAAGUAUAAAAUACUUGUUUCAAUCCAAGUUCUGCCAAAAAAUUAACUCCAUAGUCUAUAUCUGGAGACCCAUUCAAUAGUUUGAUUGUUCUGUUGUAAAAUCAUGUUGAAUGCAUAACAGUAUUGGGAUAUGUGUUUGUCUAUUUUAAAAAUACUCAUGUAUUAGGGAUUUAUUAUUGUGGGUUUCAAGAGAAGUAUUUACCUGUUUGAUUUCUUUUUUGUGAGAGGUUUGCUUAUUUCAUGUAUUUUCAUUUUUAGUAUUGCUUUUUUUAAGA